ACACACACCACCAUCAAUCACAAACCGCAUACACCACACACACCAACAUCUCCAGCACAGAAGAAGUAACAGAACAAAAAGAAGUUAAUUAAUUAAUUCAUUCAUUAAUUAGGUUGAAAAAUGGAAAACCAAUCCUCAACAACCCCAUCCACGAUGCAGUUUCUCAUCCUCGAACAAGUUCAGUUCUUGAAAGUAAACGACGAUUCUCUUCUUCAAUGGGAACUCGUCGAUGUCGUUGACGCCGAAGAAGAAUUAGAACAACAAUCAAUCGAUGAUGAUGGGGAUUCUUUCCUUUCUCGUGACCCAAUUGAAGGUAUUCGACAUCGCGUUCUUCAUCUCGAUGCACAUGUAGAAGAUCAUCACCAUCACCGUGAUGUGGAUGCAGAUGGGUUUAGUGAAGAACAGGUUAACCAUGAUGAGGAUGUUGAUGAUGUUGAUGAUGAUGAUGGUGAUUUGGAUGAUGAGCUUGUUCCAUGGGAUAUUGGGAACAAGUUAGGGAGACAGAGGAUGAGGAAAUUGGGGAAAAGGGAAUUUACAAAGAUGAAUAAUUCGAAGAGGUCUCCUUAUCUUUUUGUGAGGCCUGGUUGUGUCCGUGGUAAACAUGGUUUGGGACUUAAGCACAGUUUCUAAUUCCUAAUUAGGGACUUUCAUUUGUGUUUAGUUUAACUGUUAGGUUUUGUUCAACUUCAAUCAAAUUUGCUUAUAUGUCAUGUGGAUACCAUCUUGUAUUGAAAAUUUAAUGUAUGUAUGUUAAUGAAAAUUUCUUUCCUUUUGGAGAGGAUCAAUAGUUGUCUGGUUUUAUUCUGCCAA